GGGGCCUUUCCAGAGCUCUCUAGAGACAGCCAGAAAAACUGAAAUCCUUUUUCCUCUUUCUUCUUCUUCUUCAACAAUUCUUCUGUGUUCUUCCUUCUCUUCUUUAUAAACACCUUCAGAAUCCAUUUUCGCUUCAUCCAAGUUUUUAGCAAGGGAAUCAGAUUUUUUCAAAGGGUUCGGUAAGGAAAAGGAAAGUUCUGUGAAGUAUUAACACUAGAAAUUUAGGAUAGGAGUCGAUGAAGAUGAAGAUGAAAAGAAAAGAUCUCGAUCAAAUCAACGAUGAGUUCUCAGAUUUCUCCCUCUCCUCGCCUGCCAGGAAGAUUCGCCGUCUGGAUGUUGGUUUACCGCCUAUUAUAGAAGAAGAAGAACCGCCGGAAAUUGCUGUUUUAAGUAAAGAGCCUUUGAUUCCUGAGAAUUUUGUAGUAGAUGGAAAUAGUCUGAGGAUUGAGGAACUACCGAAUGUUUCUUCUGUUUCUGCUUCAGCUUAUGCUAUGGAAGAUCGUCCUUUCUGCGACAAUCAAGAGAGGGCUAUUGUUCUGUUUAAGCCUGUUAAUUCGCCUUUCUUGCAGUCUUCUCCGCUUUCGGUAUCUGUCGAUUCCGACAUUAUAUCUGGUUUCAAGAGCGAAUUUCUUCGUGAGAAUCGUUAUGAUGGCCGGGUGAGAUUUGAUGAAGAUGAUGAGGAAAUGGGGAUCGAGAACAAGAAUCUUGCUGUUGUUCCUUGGGUUCCUCGUUUGCAGGUUCCUGCUCCCACAAGCAUGGAUGUCCCCCAAGAGGAAGCUCCACAGUUGAUGGAAGCCGAAGAAGUUGGAGAGGCAACAAUGGAGAUUGAAGAAGACAACUUGAGCAGCAGUCAACAAGCUUAUGGCUAUUAUGGUGGAAUGGAUGGAGCUAAUGCUAUUCAUCAAUGGCACCAACAGCACUGCAUGAUUCCACAGCUGCCACAACAAACUUCUUCGCCCAUAACUUGGUUUCGUUGAUGGUAGGUAGAUCCGUACAUAGUGAAGAAUACCAUAUUUUGAUAUCAUGGGGUUGUUAGAUAGUAGGAUAAAUUUGGAGCAAAUUUGAGUUGAAGAACAUAUUGGGUAUAAACAUGAUUGCCCUGUUGCCAUUGCUCUUUUGUUCAUCAUCAUGCCCCCCCCCCCCCCAAAAAAAAAAAAAAAAAGAACUUCCUAGUUGGAUUCUAAUGAACCAGAGUUGUCUAAUUGCUUUAGGGCAUUGUUGGGGUUGGGGGAGUGAUUUUGAAAGGGUUGGCAUCACUUUUUGUUAUAUUACUCAAAAUUAAUUUGUCUAAUUUGACAAUGGUUUGUUUUUAGUAUUUGAAAGUUAAGUUGGUAAACACUAUUACUACUA